AUGGAUGAUUUGAAGUUGUUUGCGGAAUCAAAGGAGAAGCUGCGUCAUCUGUUACAGGUGGUGACAACGUUCAGUAACGAUAUCCGGAUGGAGUUUGGUGUCGACAAAUGCCGACUUGUCAACCUUCAUCGAGGCAAAUUAGUGGACGCCGACAGUUUCCGCAUCAACGAACGAGAUGAAAUUCGAAGUAUGGCUGAAGGUGAAUCGUACAAAUACUUGGGUUUCCUGCAACUGAAAGGUAUUCACCACACCGCGAUCAAGAAAGAGCUGCAGGAAAAGUUCUUGUAUCGUGUCAGCCGUAUUUUGAAGUCCUUCCUCUCAGCCGGCAACAAAACGAAAGCAAUCAACACGUUUGCCGUGCCAUUGUUGACAUAUAGCUUCGGGGUGGUCAAAUGGACCAAAACGGAUUUGAAGGCGAUAGAACGCGCGUUGCGAGUGUCGCUCACCAAAUUCCGUAUGCACCACCCAAAAUCAGCAACCGAAAGAGUUACCUUGCCACGUAUUGAAGGAGGAAGGGGUGUCACCGAUAUACAAGCGCUCUGCGCUUUUCACAUACAGCAGUUGUGGAGGUACUUCGUAGAAAGCCAGAAUCGUCACGAAAUCUACCGCACUGUUUGUGGAGCAGACCACGGGUUCAGCGCCCUGCAUCUGGCGCAAGAGGACUACCAGCUGAACUGCGAUGUAAAAACUACGGACGAGAAGAUCGCAGCGUGGAAGCUGAAAGAGCUGCAUGGGACGCACCCCCAUCAGUUAGCUCAAACACAUAUUGAUAAGGUGGCAUCAAAUGCGUGGCUGGUGCGAGGUGAUCUCUUUAUGGAGACAGAAGGUUUUAUGAUAGCCAUCCAGGACCGGGUCAUUGCGACGAAGAACUACCGUAGGUACAUAUUGCACGAAGAGGUGGAAGAUCGAUGCAGAAAGUGCAAUGCGGUAGGGGAAACGAUCGAACAUGUCGUCGCAGGUUGUCAGGCGUUAGCAGAGGCAGCCUAUCUCGGUCGACAUAAUGCGGUCGCCAAAAUUGUGCACCAACAACUUGCACUGAAGCACAAUUUGGUGAACCAGUAUGUGCCCCACUACAAGUACCUGCCGAGUCCGGUUCUGGAGAAUAGCUGCGUAAAAUUGUACUGGGAUCGCGAGAUCACUACGGACGUCCUGAUACGUGCCAACCGUCCCGACAUUGUGGUCUACGACAAAAGGAUGAAGCGGGUAACCAUCAUCGACAUCGCUGUACCGUUAGAUCGUAAUGUCCAAUCAACAUUCUCGACCAAGAUUACGAAAUACCACGAUUUGGCUGAGGAGUUGAGGCAGAUGUGGCACCUUGAGGGUGUACGUAUAGUCCCGGUAGUAAUCUCUGCUACUGGACUGGUUCCCUAUGCCCUUAUAAAUUCCCUGGAAGAGUUGGAGCUGAGAAAUGAACUACACAGCAUACAGAAAGCAGUGGUUCUUGGGACCUGCAACACGGUACGAAGGUUUCUGAACCACCACAACACAUCCAACUAA